AUGCAGCCUUCACCAUCUCCUUCCGGUCAAUCAUUUCAACAACCUCCUUUUAACGCAAUAAAAAGAUUACAAAAAGAAUUAGAAGAAUUAAAUACAAUGAAUUCAAUAACAACUAAUAUUCAGCUUUAUAAUGACCUUAGUUCACGGAUAACUGUAGUUCGAAAAGAAAUGAAAGAAGAAGAAGAAUGA